AUGAUGGCGACACGCCUUUCCCGUGCCCUCCCCAGGGCCGCCUCAGUGGCUCCCCGCAUGGCGGGAUUGCUCCAGAGGACACCCGCUUUCGCACGCUUCCAGUCCACGGAGGAGAAGGUCAAGGGCGCCGUGAUCGGUAUUGAUCUUGGUACUACCAACUCUGCCGUCGCCAUCAUGGAGGGCAAGGCCCCCAGGAUUAUUGAGAACUCCGAGGGUGCCCGUACUACGCCUUCCGUCGUCGCCUUUGCUGAGGACGGUGAGCGUCUCGUUGGUGUUGCCGCCAAGCGCCAGGCCGUCGUCAACCCCGAGAACACCCUCUUUGCGACCAAACGUUUGAUCGGCCGCAAGUUCACCGAUGCUGAGGUGCAGCGCGACAUCAAGGAGGUGCCUUACAAGAUUGUGCAGCACAACAAUGGUGAUGCUUGGGUGGAGGCCCGCGGCGAGAGGUAUUCGCCCUCGCAGAUUGGUGGCUUCGUUCUGAAGAAGAUGAAGGAGACAGCCGAGGCGUACCUCAGCAAGCCCGUCAAGAAUGCUGUUGUUACCGUUCCCGCCUACUUCAACGACUCCCAACGCCAGGCUACCAAGGAUGCUGGUCAGAUCUCGGGUCUGAACGUCCUCCGUGUCGUGAACGAGCCCACCGCCGCCGCCCUCGCCUACGGCAUGGAGAAGGAGGCUGACCGCGUCGUCGCUGUCUACGAUCUUGGUGGCGGUACCUUCGACAUCUCGAUCCUCGAGAUUGCGAACGGUGUCUUCGAGGUCAAGUCGACCAACGGCGAUACCCACCUUGGUGGUGAGGACUUCGAUAUCCACCUUGUCCGCCACUUCGUCCAGCAGUUCAAGAAAGACUCCAACAUCGAUCUCUCCAAAGACCGCAUGGCUAUCCAGAGAAUCCGCGAAGCUGCCGAAAAGGCCAAGAUCGAACUCUCCUCCUCGCUCCAGACCGACAUCAACCUUCCCUUCAUCACCGCCGACGCUUCGGGCCCCAAGCACAUCAACUCGAAGCUCACCCGCGCUCAGCUCGAGUCCAUGGUGGACCCUCUUAUCAGCCGCACCAUUGAACCCGUGCGGAAGGCCCUGAAGGAUGCCAACCUGGCUGCGAAGGACAUCCAGGAGGUCAUUUUGGUUGGUGGCAUGACCCGUAUGCCCAAGGUUUCCGAGUCGGUCAAGAGCAUCUUCGGCCGUGAGCCCGCCAAAUCGGUCAACCCCGACGAGGCUGUCGCCAUCGGUGCUGCGGUCCAGGGUGCCGUCCUCUCCGGUGAGGUCAAGGACCUGCUCCUCCUUGAUGUCACCCCUCUUUCUCUUGGUAUUGAGACUCUCGGCGGUGUGUUCACUCGUUUGAUCAACCGUAACACCACCAUCCCCACCAAAAAGUCCCAGGUCUUCUCCACUGCUGCCGACUUCCAGACCGCUGUCGAGAUCAAGGUCUUCCAGGGUGAGCGUGAGCUCGUCCGCGACAACAAGCUCCUCGGAAACUUCCAGCUUGUCGGAAUCCCCCCUGCUCACCGCGGUGUGCCCCAAAUCGAGGUCACCUUCGACAUUGACGCCGACUCCAUCGUCCACGUCCACGCCAAGGACAAGUCCACCAACAAGGACCAGUCCAUUACUAUUGCCUCUGGCUCAGGUCUUUCCGAGUCCGAGAUCCAGCAGAUGGUUGAGGAUUCGGAGAAGUAUGCCGAGUCCGACAAGGAGCGCAAGGCCGUCAUUGAGACUGCCAACCGUGCCGAUAGCGUUGUGAACGACACGGAGAAGGCCCUCAACGAGUUCACCGACAAGCUUGACAAGACCGAGGCCGACGGGAUCCGCGAAAAGAUCACUGCUCUCCGCGAGUUUGUCGCCAAGGCGCAGUCCGGCGAGUCCACUGCUACCUCGGCUGAGAUCAAGGAGAAGACCGACGAGCUCCAGGUCGCCAGCCUGAACCUCUUCGACAAGAUGCACAAGGCCCGUGCUGAGUCUGGCGAGCAGCCCAACCAGGACCAGAACCAGAACGCCGAGCCCGAGAAGAAGGAUGAUCCCAAGGCUUAA